CGGGCGGAUGUCAGGAAGGCCGUUGUUUGGGAGCGACAUAUGAAUGAGUCCGAGCAGGAAAACGAUAAAAGUACAGUCUGCCAUUAACGACAACAUUUACUACCACAAAAGAUGCGUAAACGGCAGAAAGCGGAGACGGCAGCGACGUCAUAUUUAAGCUCCAUUGGGAGAGAGAAAGCAUCUGCUUCCACCCCUCAGUCCCAGUUCCAUGUUGACCUUUGGUGCUAUUUUACUGUGCAGAACUGGAUAUUGGACUUCGGGAGGCCUAUUGUAAUGAUUAUACUUCCUCUGGAGUGGUUCCCUCUGAACAAGCCCAGUGCUGGAGAUUACUUCCACAUGGCCUACAAUGUCAUUACACCAUUUCUACUACUCAAGCUGAUGGAGCGAAGUACCACCACGCUGCCACGGUCAGCGGUAUACCUCAGCAUUAUUACCUUUGUCAUGGGAGCUAGCAUUCACCUGGUGGGAGACUCCAUCAACCACCGGCUCAUCCUCAGCGGUUACCAGAACCACCUGUCCGUCCGAGAGAAUCCCAUCAUAAAGGACCUGAAGCCUGCAUCGCUGAUUGACUCCUUUGAGCUCCUGUAUUACUAUGAUGAGCACUUGGGUCAUUGCAUGUGGUACAUUCCAUUCUUUCUCAUCAUCUUCCUUUACUUCACUGGCUGCUUCACACAAGCCAAAGAGGAGAAGGUGCCACGGUCAGGUUGGCUGCUACUGGGCCCCAGUGCGAUUUAUUAUUGGUACCUGGUGACCGAGGGCCAGAUUUUUGUUCUUUAUGUCUUCACGUUCUUUGCCAUGGCUGCCACAGUGAUGCGGCAGAAGCGAAUGGGCUACGUGUUGGACAGUAACGGCCGCUUUCUCCUCUAUAACUUCAUCAUAACUCUGGGUUUGGUGGUUGUCUGGGUCAUUUAUCUGUGGAACGACAACGUCCUGCGCAAAAAAUAUCCUGGUAUCAUCUAUGUGCCAGAACCUUGGUCCUACUACACAUUACAUAUCAAAGGCAGUUAAGAUAUUAUGACAAACAUUGUUACAAAGCAGUUAGAAUAGAGGUCAAUUAAGGGUCCUUUCACUGCACUAAAAUGUAUCCACGUCCAUAGAGGAGUUCAAGGUUUGAGAGGUUACCGAAGCUUUUUCCAUAGAAUAUUACUGCAAAUGAGUUAGCAGUGUAAACAAAAAGGUCAUUUCAGGGCGACUAGUAAUUAGAUCCUAAAAGAAUAAUAAGUAGCAUUCUUUGAGCUUUGCUGGUCAGUUGCAUCGAGGUCUAUCAUAAUGCAAUAUGUCAUGCCCUAUAAUGUAUUAUGUUAUACAUUCACAAUUAAUUAGUUGUGCAUGGAAAAUUCUACUUAUUGCUUCUUUUAAGCCCUAAUCAUUUAAAUAGUUUUACAAAGAAUUUCCAGUAGUGAUAACUUGGAGCUGAUUUUGAUUAUAAUAUUUCUUUAAUGGAUUAUUUUAUGUGUAAUUUAGUUGAAGGUUGACAUUUAGGGAUUUACGUAUAAUAACUUUUUUUUGGGGGGUAGGGGGCAUCAUAUUUUUUUGUCUCUUGAAAGUUGACUGGUAAAUUUGUGUUUGUUGUGAUCUAUUAGUUCUGAGUUUACUGAAGUGAAUUGUGUUAUCCUGUGGAAUUUCCUUUUCCUAGGGCCUGACCGAUGUAUCAGCUGGCUGAUAGUAUUGGCAACCUGCAGUAUUUGGCAACCUGCAGUAUUUUUGGUAUCUGCAUAAAUACCAAAUCAUGUCGGUCAAGCACUAUUGAAUAAAAGUAUUGGAAAAUAAAAUUUAAAUCUAAAAUAUAUGAUGUAUAUAUUAUAUCAGACAGUGUUAUUCAUUUUUCAAAUGUUUAGUCCCUUAAAAACAGCAUCAGUAUCAACCAAAUCAAUAUUUUCAUAUCAGUUGGGCCCCAGGUUUUCCCCCUCAGUAGUAUUGUACAUUCACUGUUCUGUCAAUUUUUUGUAAAUGUGUUGUGUACUGUUGGAAAAAGUGCAUUGUGCUAUAACUGUAUUGUUUUUGAAUAUGCUGCUCUUAUUUUUUAAACAUUUAUAACAGAUUGUUACUCUAGGAACAAUAUUUGCCUGUUAUUUUUGAAGUGUUUUGAUAAAUAUGAGCAAGUUUGUGUGCUGAAUCACAUUCAGUGUAUAUCAUUUGUUUCUGUUCAUGUGUAUGUGAUCCAGAUUCCACAUGCAGGUUAAGCCUAGUCUUCUCACAAAAAGGAUUUUAAUGCAAAAAAUUUAAGACUGUAAAUCUAGGCCUAAAUGUAUGGAGUAAUGUUUGUAAUGUUUGUAUUAAAAUACUCCAGUGUAAAUAAAUGUCUUUUGGUAAUUGUCAAAUAAAAAUCUUCAGAUUGCUUUGAAA